UACACUGACAUUUUUGACAAUAAAUAAAUAGUUGAAUUAAGGAAAUCAAAGCGAGAAAUACUUUUUUUCCGGAGCCAGUAAGCUAACAUUAAAUAGCCCGAACAAUGGUUUGCGUGCCCUGUAUUAUCAUUCCACUGCUUCUGUACAUUUGGCACAAAUUUGUGCAGCCGAUCCUGUUGCGCUACUGGAAUCCCUGGGAGAAGAAGGACGACGAUGGCAAUGUGAUCAAAAAGGGACCCGACUUCCCAUUCGAGUGCAAGGGCGGCGUUUGCCCCUUCGUUCCGGGCGGCAAGAAGACGGAGAACGUCAGUGAUGACGAUGCCGAGGAAUCUGAAAAUCCGCCAUUGAAUGCAACAGCAAUGGCAGCGGAAACGGAAGUGGACGAGUCCAAGAAGGAGAUCUAGUCGAAAUGUUCCAAAUAUUGUAAUUUAACACAUAGUACAUUUUUUUUUUUUUGUUAUGUUUUGACAUAAGAGCGGAAAACACAACGCACACAACACAAGGACACAAAUCCAACGUGGUGGGCGGCGAUCGUUUGGUAAAGGAGGGGGAGGGGGCGUGGCCCUUGAAGAGCGGCAAGAACGUCUAAAGUAUAAUUAACUUGCAAUUAAAUGUACACUUUGACACGCGAAAAAACUGCUCUUUUCCUGCGGGUUUGUGUGUGUGUGUGUCAAGAGUUAAAGGUUAAAGGUUAACUCCACGCAGUUCCAAUAUGAAAUAUGGUAUUUAAACUUUGUUCCAGCUGCAACAACGCAGAGCUGAAAAAUUCGCCUUUAUAUGUUGUAUAUGUAUAUAAUUAAUGAAAUAAACACACGG